AUGAAUAAUUCUCGUCAUAACGUCCCUGGAAAAGCUCCCCAAGCUCCGUAUUCAAAGGUGGCCAAGACGCAGAGUCAUAAGAAGCCAUCGUUAAUCACAAAGAUCAAGUCAUUCUUCAACAAUGAAAACUUUAAUCCGCACAAGUCUUUGAAUCUCGUGGAAACCCGUCAUUAUGGAAUAGUACGCACACCAGGAGGGUUUUACAAUCAACCCGUGAAGGAUUUGGUGGUAACAAAACGCCGACUUCAAGAACCCGAACAAAACUUAGAGAAUAGCCAAGUUGAUGAUUUUGACGAAGCCAAUGCCUCUAACUCAGCGCUUGCGACCUUUUUCCGUGAAAAGGGAGGGAAGCCUUUAAGCGACGUGGAAUACGAGGGCGUUAUGUCAUUGAUGAGAAAAGGUAGAGAAGUCUCAUCUGAUCCCUACCCAAUGAGCGAGUUCACUGCGGAAGCGUCCCAUAUGCAAGAAGAACACUCGGCGGUGCUAAAAUCUGCGACCUACGCUCGCGACGCAUCUGUCAAAACGCCAUCAUUCAUCCCAAAAUACGACGACAUUUCUGAUACCGCAAACUCGUCAUUGAGAAGCAUUUCGUCAACUAGCUUGAAGAAAGCUCGCGUGUUUGACUACUCGAAUCUUCCUUCGCCGUACGGUUCAAGCUCCUAUCGACACAGUGCUGCUGAUGUUGCCGACAAAAAAAGAGCUAGAACCGCUGACGAUCAUAUUGUAAGGAGCGAAAACCCGGCUAUGCAUAAACUGAGUAAUACGGCAUCUGCCCUGAUAUCACUUUUGGAUUCAGGAGAACACAAAUCACAGCCAUCAGGUCUUGCAAAUCCCUACACCAGCCGCGUUUCAGAAUUCAAGAAGUUCAAGAAGCCGGCGAACUCCCAAAACGCGGUUCCUAUGACACCAUCGAAAGGUGAUAACAAAGCCCCAGCCAGUUCGAUCGCUCUAAGCGAGGUCCAGCUCGACGAAGGAGAGGAUAAUGCUAAUGUUGAGAAGACUACAACGCCUCAACAAUUCGCAAAAUACAAACCUGCGAAAGCUUCGUCACUACGCACUACAGUUUCAGCACCGAAGUCUCCCGAGAAGACUGCGAACGAAGCUCAACCUAUUUCAAGUGCUGUCCCACAAUCAAGGGAUUUCAAGUUUUCUUACGACAAGCCAUAUACAGAUGAAACUUCAAAUGAUCAAGGAUUGGGCUCGAAAUCACAAGUUCCGAUGUUUUCAAAUUCUGCGGCAUCAAAGCGCAACACGCCCGAGAAUAGCUCUAACAGCGCUGAAAUAUCUACAUCAAAGAAUAGCGCUCUUAAAUCCAGGCAAGGAGAAUCGAGUGCAACUACGGCUCCAUUCACCUUCAACUUAAGAGAACAGUUAACUGCUCGUGGUGGUUAUGAUCAAACUCCCAAUAGCUCCAAGCUAGACAAGGAGGCGCCUCCAGGACCUAACUAUUUAUUUGGCUUUUUGCCUCCUCCUGAUUCCGGGAUCAAAGCAGCAUCUAUCAAUCUCAAGCUGGCCGAAUCCUUGCGAGGUACAUUUCCAUUCUGA